UAUGACGUCACUCUGGUUACCGGAAGUGACAGUAAUUUCCGGGGUGAGGAGGUAACCUGUGUGACGGGGGUCGCUGCGCCAGAACCUCGUAAGAUAGUUCGCGACCAUGGUGUGCAUCCCCUGCAUCGUCAUUCCUAUCCUCCUGUGGGUCUACAAGAAGUUCCUGGAACCCAUCAUCUAUCCUGUCAUCUCCCCUUUCAUCAGCCGGUUAUGGCCCAAGAAAGCGGUGCAGAGCGACCCGGCCUCAGCAAGCAAGGGCAAAAUAGAGAGCAACGGCAGUGCAAAGACGGACAGUAAUGGGACUGCGAAUGGGAGCGUCGCUCAAGAACAUGACGGGACGGCGGAUAAAAAGACGGACUGAGAGCGCCACCCGUAAUAAAGGACUGAACACUCUGACCUCCCCCUUCCAGGGUCUCUCGCUCUCUUUUCUAUAAAGGAUGAUUUUAUUUAUUGAUUUAUGUAGACAAGUAACGAUGCAGACUCCUCCUGUACAUAUUAAUAUAUUGCAUUCCAGAUCAAAUUUCUAAAAAAUACUUUAUAACUGAGUAACAGAAAAAAAUAAACUAUUGGUCUCUGUACUGUC